UUUUGCGAAACUAGUAUUACAAAUUAAUGAUAAUUUUAAUCUUAUGCGAGUGAUUUUUAUGUAAGACAGACGGCAGCUCGGUCAGGUCACUACCGAAUCCCUAAAUCGUAAAACCUUAACGAAGAUAACCAUUAUAUUUUCAUCAGGUAAUGGAAUCUGACGAUUUUUUUACUCCAUGAUAUUUUUAUUAGAUAGCACUACCAGUUUAUUUAUAUACAUAGAAAUGUUACAAUUAUUCGCUUGGAAAGAAUACAGUAUGGGUUGGUACACCUGGUGGCGAGCGGCGAUGAAUACAAUAACCAAGACUCAUCUUUUCCGCCGACUAUUACAUGUUUCCAGGACCAUUGACUGAAGAGGAAUCUGGAACACAACAGAGAUAGUACCAUUUAUGAAGACAAGAAAGCAGACUCGACCAGAGAUUCCUAGCAAGUCAUAACUGAUAAAUUGCAUGUUUAGACACUAGUUCUGUGGUUACUCACAUUAAGUUUUACUUUAGAACUGAAAAAAAGGAAAUAUGGAUGCAGAGAUUAAUACAGAAACUGCUGAUGUUUCACAAGAAAUACUCCAAGUAGAACUUGGGUCCAUUCUUUGGGAAAAAUUGCGAGAUGGUGAUUAUGAAUCUGCCAUUAAUGAGAUAAGAGAAGACAAGUAUCAACGAUAUCUUAUUCAUAACAGCCUCGACCUUGUACCAAUAAUUACUAAAUUUUUGCAGGAAGACCUUGAUGUUAACGGAGAAAAGUGUGUGGAAGACUUGCUUGUUCAUAUUGCAUCUGUUGCAAAUGCUAAGGAAGCAGUUCUGGUGUUCAUGGAAGAAUUAGACACCCACACUACAGAAAUUCAUUUCCGUGUCAUUUUACACCCAAUUCAGAUAAUAUUACUGCGCCAAGCAUCAAGAAACACUCGCCCAAUAACCUUCUCAUGGGUAUUUAAUGCAAUUUAUUCUCAUGUAGCAGCCAUGAAUUUACCAUCAGGCUAUAAUUUAGAAGGCAAAGAGAGGAAACUUUUAGAUGUUCACCCAGAGGUUCAAGCUAUAUGCAAGGCUUUACGUCUGCUGGUCGACUUCUAUGAAGUGUUUUAUAAAAAAGUAAUAGAUGGAGAACUAAUAUGGACGGGUAAAGUGACCAGUUCAAGAGAAUUUCUUUCCAGGUUUCUUCUUCAACUUUUUCACAAGCCUUUCACAUAUUUGGAUGUGUUCUGUAACAAUGGAGAAGCAGAGAGUUCUUUGUAUCGCACUUGCAAUGAAUUUACAAACAUGAUUGCAAGUCUCUUGUGCAAUACAUUUAAAUUGUUUUCCAGUAUCACAUGGAAUACUUCAAAGACUAUAUUAGCAAAGGAAGAAAAUAAUGAAGAAAAAGAAACUAAACAUACAAGUAUAGAAGAUCCUUUAGAUUUUGAAGAUGGGGGAAGUGAAAAGAAUGAUGAAAUUUCUCAGCUUUCAUUGGCUUCUUUCUUUUACUGUGUCUUGAGUCAAGACAUGGCUAGUGACUAUGUGCCUUGUGUGUACUCUCACCAGUAUGUGUUUCUCAGCUGUUUACCUCUAAUAGCCAAUCUGUUACAGGAAAAAGAGCAUAUACCCAUUCACAAAGGAUUAAGUCUAGCAAAAGCCAUCUUGAAUAAACUUCCAGAAAAGUCCCUUUCAAGUCAGUGUCUGGAAGCAAAAGCACAUUCUUCUUUUCCACAGUUAUUGAUAAGAAUUAUGAUAUAUUGUGAUAACCUUGAACUGCGAACAUCUGCUCUAAACACAUUGCGAUCAUAUCUCCGCAAAUUUGACAGUGUUGGCCGAAGAAAGUUGAUUCAAGCUUUGCUUCUAUCGGUAAAACAUGCCGGGGUUUUGGGCUUAGUUAUUCAUGAACUAAAAGAAAAUAUUGCUUUUUCUCUAAGUCAAGAUACAGUGGACCCAUAUUUUAGUGGAAAUAGUUUAGUAAAACUUGUUCAGAUGGCAUGUUUCCUCCCAGAUGCUGAGGAGACAGACUUACUUGAAUGGAGUGAUUGCAUUAUGGCUGCCCUGAAUCUUCUAAUUUUUGUAUUUAUUCGGGACAAGGAAAACAAAACAGGAAUUAGAGAAGUGUUACCAGUGCUUCAGAAAGGUUAUCUCCAGCAGCUUCAGAGAGGUCUUGACAUAACAAAAGGCCAUUAUGAGCUGAGGUUAAGAGACUUAAACUCGUCCUUAAGCCAAGAAUUCCCCAUGGAUAUGAAAGUGUGUGUUGGUGGCUCUGUUUUGCCCAGUAUGUCACCUGAUCAAGAGAAGAAAAUAAUUGAAACGGCUAUAUGUUCUUUAGAUAUGAUGCAGUGUGUGUUAGCAAGAGUUACGCAGUCCACGGAAAAUACAAUGUGAGUAUGGAAAUAAUACUCAUUGAGGAGAUUUUUAUCGUUUUGGCACAGUAUACUGAUAUAAUUUUUCUUAAUUACCCUGUACUUCAUGCCUGGUUGAGACUCAAAUGUCGUUUCUACUAUAGCCACCACAAUGUAUCAGAAUUUGUGUUAUAAGUCAUACAAUUUGUUACCAUAUGUUUACAUUUUAUUCUGGCAUUUGAAUAUUUGUACAGACAGUAUACAGAUACAGCAAGCUGCUUGUUAACCUUAAUCCAGCUUUUUUUCAAAGCCCUUCUCAGUCAUAUUCCUGAAGGGUAGAAAUGUAAGAUCAUGUAUGGUAAGGACUAUGUUAAUGGGAAUGAAAUGCUGGAGAGUGAGAUUAAGGAUAAUUUAAUUUGCAAAUACUGUAAAUUUGCUGUAGUACAAACUCCACAAAUAAAACUGAAAUAUGGGACUGUGGUGACCCAAGUUUAUUUUUGGUCAAGGUUGAUUCUGAAAUAUGUUGAUGGUAGUUGGCUAAAUUUAGCUUUAGAUUUGAAGGGAGCAAUUAUAUGGUAUGUACUGUACAUCUUCAAUGCUUUUUCAAUUAGACAUGACUGUGUGGGUACGGCUUGAGAAGAACCCAGGAGGCAGGAUGACCUGGUAGGAUUGCUGUUUUCUGGUGUAUUUAAUUGUUUUUAUACAGUACAGGUACACAAACAUAUGUCAAGAUUCUGUACUAGUGUAUGGAGAUUACUGCUGUAUAUAGUAUUGCAGAUGUUUUUCUAAUUCAAUACGUACAGGUAAAUCUGAAUACAGUAUUGUACAAUAAAUAAUUUUUUAGUGUGGCUAUUACUGUACUGAUCUUUUAGUGCAAUUGAUUUGACAGGUCUUCUCUCUACAAGUACAAUCCAGUAUAGUUAGCUCUCAAUACUGUAUUUGUGGCUUCCUGUCUUAUCUGGAUAUAAAAAAAAACCCAGAACACUUGAUAAAAUAGUCACCAAUCAAGGUUGAAAACCAUAGACUUAGUUUGGUAAUAUUGCAAGUGAGUCCUCCCAGGCUUGGUUAUAAAAAUGUGCAUUAAGGAUGAUUGCUCCAUUUCUAGCUUCAAUUUAAUUGUUCUUAUUGUUUCACUGGCCAUAAUAGGCUGUUUAUUUGGUAGUACAGAUGCAAGAUGGAGUGGAGAAACUAUUUUAUAUCCAUUAUAAUUUCAAGAAAUAAUUACUUUACUGUACAGUAUUCCUCAAGAGCCAACAUUUUCUUUGUCACACCCCAUCCAUUGAAGACCAAGCAGUUACAAAGAGUACAUUGCCACUAACCUUUUGAUAAAGAAAAUUGCAUGAACUUAAAGUACAGUCUCUCCUCGACUUACGACAGGGUUCCGUCCCGACGACCAGGUUCUAAGUCGAAUUGGUCUUAAGUCGAAAAGGCGAAAAUAAUACAUAGAAAUUCUAAAAUGGGUGUCUCUUUUUCAUCUCCGCACCACGAGAACUCUCACUUUUACACUUGGCAGCCAUUUUAUAGGGAAUUACUAACGAAAAUUUUGUCGGCACAGUGCGAUCACUAACGUCGGUACAAGAAAAUACAUAAUUUGAAAAAUAUUUUAUGCGACCACGGUGGUCGUAUGUUCGGGU